UAUCAUAACGUUACCCACCAAGCAUGAGAUGGGAGGAAGUGGCAUAGUCCAGUGGACAGUUUUUUCCAGGCUACUGUGAAACCUGAUGUGUUAUGCCGGCUCUGAAACAGACAGCUUCCCAAGUGACUCAGACCUUAAGGCCUUGCAGGAAAAGUCGUGGAAUGUAGCUGCCCCUUCGUAUUUGAAGCAGAGUGAUUUGGCCUCAGCAGCAGCGAAACAGAGACCUACAAAAUGGAAUUCAUGUAGAGUGGUGUGGAGAAUAAGCAGGUGGUGAUUAUACAUCACAUGAGGCUGCAGGCCAAAGCGUUGCAACUUAUAAUAACAGCACGAACUACACGAGGACUUUACCCCUUAUUUGGGAUGUGUGAAAAAUUUUUACAGGAAGUAGACUUUUUUCAGAGGUAUUUCAUCGCUGAUUUGCCCCACUUGCAGGACAGCUUUGUGGACAAACUCCUUGACCUUAUGCCCCGAUUCAUGACAUCCAAACCUGCAGAAGUGGUCAAAAUUCUACAGACCAUGCUGCGACAGAGUGCCUUUCUGCAUCUCCCACUUCCAGAGCAGAUCCACAAAGCCUCAGCCACCAUCAUUGAGCCAGCGGGCGAGUCAGACAACCCUUUGCGGUUUACCUCUGGGUUGGUGGUUGCCCUGGAUGUUGAUGCAACGCUGGAGCAUGUGCAGGAUCCUCAGAACACUGUUAAGGUCCAGAUGGAGUCUUACUCUGUCGCCCAGGCUGGAGUGCAGUGGUGUGAUCUUGGCUAACUGCAAACUCCCCCUCCUGGGCUCAAGCACUUUUCCCUGCCUCAGCCUCCUGAGUAGCUGGAAUUACAGGUGCCCACCACCACGCCCAACUAAUUUUUGUAUUUUUAGUAGAGACUGGGUUUCUCCAUGUUGGUCAGGCUGGUCUCGAACUCCCAACCUCAGGUGAUCCACCCGCCUCGGCCUCCCAAAGUGCUGGGAUUACAGGCGUGAGCCACCAUGACCAGGCAUUCCUGAGGUUUUAAUAACCUGAUGUUUCUCUCCUGUUGGAGACAACCCUGAAGAUCAGUUUUUACCCCAGAGGACUGACCAACAAGAGGUCAAGGUGUGCUUGAAAAAGCUGGUGUAGGAGUUGGUUCAGGAAAGGUCAGGCUGUCCAAGCAUUCAGGAAUACCUGUGUGACUCUCCUUGUAAUUAGCACUCAGGUCCCAGAGAGCUACUCACUGCAUGUGUCUUUGACCUGCUGUUGAUUCAUCUCCUCUGCUAAGAAGGUGGGUGACGGCUGGGCUACUUACACCUAGGAGGGUGUUCCAGGCCAGGCCCCAGGGAGCCUAAAAUAAUCAAAAAGGUCAGAAUCUAAUUUGAAAAUAAUGUCUUCAAAGUAAAAUAUUGAGGGUGGCCACAAGGAGAAUAUAUUUAAGUUGACCUGAAUAUACAUUUCAAUUAACAACCGUUAAAAGUGGGUAUUUUUGAAAAAAACAACAAGGCAGUUUCUAAGUUGUUUACCAAUAAUUUACAUUGAAUUCAUAAGCUAUUGAUUGGCUACAUGUUUUUCUUUGUUUUACAAAUUCCCAGAAAGAGAAAUAAUGGGUGAGACAGCUAGUCCAAAAUGAAACUUUUUUAAGCAAUUGUCCCUGGGCACAGGUGUGGGGUGAGACUGAAGUCCCAUACUUUCAUUUCUGUGUGCUUGAUAAAUUUUGCAGCCCUCACAGACCUGAGACUGUUCUGAGAUAUUUUUCUUCUCUCACCUCCUUGUUCAGGACACAUGAACCAUUAACAAGAAAAAUAUUUAAAUAAGAAACUCACCAAGCCAGGAGAAUAAUGAAUGCCUGGAUGUGCCCUCUAGGAAUCUGGAUCUCUUCUCUUUUCCCCACCCUGCCCUCAACUCCCCUUACAUACAUACAACCUGGAUCACAAGACCCAAGAAAACCAUUCCACCAGCUGCUGAGAGAAGAGCCACAAAAGGACCCAGAACUUCUCCAUGGCUACCUUAGAGCACCCUAAAAUGUGCUAACAGCCAUUGUUAGCAUUCAGGAGCUGUUUAUUCCCAUUUUCACACUACACUAAAGAAUUUUAAACAAUCACAAGAUAGACUGGCUGGAAGUUGGUGCUUGGAACAUCCCAUGUCACCUAAAAGCACAGUGCUGCAAUCUCAGAAACCCCAGGCUCAGCCAGCAGAGAGAGGAGAAGCAGCUGGACAUUGGAGACUAUGAUUGGACAUUAGAGAGAAGGAGCUUGACUUCACAGAGAAAGCAUGAUGGAAUAAUUUCAGAGAAAAGUCUGGCCAGGGAUGACCAGACUUCAGGGGAAGAUAAUCUUGCUCAAUAUCCUUUUCUGCUCCCCUUCCUGCUGAGAGUCACUUUGAUUGGCAAUAAAAUAUCUCACAUUUACCAUC